GAUUAGGAGAGGCGUACGGCGUUAGCUGGUUGUGCUGCGGUUAUAUUAGAGUGUGUGUGUGCGCGGUGGGAGCGAUCCAUUCCUACCUAAACGGUACCAUGAAAGCAUUCAGCCCAGUAAGGUCUGUCCGAAAAAGCAGCCUAACGGAACACAGCCUGGGCAUAGCUCGGAGCAAAACGCCAGUGGAUGACCCGAUGAGCCUCUUGUACAAUAUGAAUGAUUGUUACUCUAAGCUGAAGGAACUGGUGCCCAGUAUUCCCCAGAACAAGAAGGUCAGCAAGAUGGAGAUCCUCCAGCACGUCAUCGACUAUAUCCUGGACCUGCAGCUCGCCCUGGAUUCCCACCCCAGCAUUGUCAGUCUCCAUCAUGCCCGGGUGGGGGGCAGCACGUCCCGGACCCCCCUGACCGCCCUAAACACAGACAUCAGCAUCCUGUCACUGCAGGCGGCUGAAUUAUCGGCAGAGUUCACAGACGAGAGCAAAUCCCUUUGUCCUUAAAAUGGUGUUCAGCCUGACUGUUUCCCUUUGCACAUCAUGGCUACAAGACUCACUUCAUUAUCUGAGUGCUGCAUUUGUACAGCCAGCUCCUGGGAGAGACGGGAGGGAGGGGGCCACACACCCAAGGUGGCUGGGGAAAAAGAGAAAAUAAAAAGACUUAUCCAGAUUUAAAUAUAUAUAUAUAUAUCCCCCUCCCUUGCCGCCCCCGCCCCCGAUCCUCCAAUCAAGCUUCUCGGACUGCUUUCAGUUAUUUAUGAAGAGACUUUUAAUAAUGUUAUAAUGACCUUUUCUUACAUGGGGAAGGAUUGCGCUACAAUUAUCCCCUACCUAUGGGGAGUGAUCGUUUUAAUAAAGGAAAAAAGAAAAGCGAGUGCCACAAGGGGUUUUGCCACUUACCAUCCGCAUUCGACUCUUUUGUUGGCGAUAAAAAGGGCGAAUUGCUUCGGGCACGAAGAGGAAGAUUCGGAAACUAUUCAGUUUUGCUCGAAAAUUAAACCCGAAACGUCGAACCAUUCCACCCCGGACUGAAUGCUCCUUUGUACAUAGAUCCCAUUGUUUAACUCUUUAUUUGGAGUUAUUUUGUCCCACUUCACCCCCACCCCUUGUACAGUGGCAGAGAUGGUGCUAUUUCUGCAGAUGUGUAAUGAUUGAAUCAUGCUAGACUUUUUAUAAAAGUUUGGUUGUAAAGCCUUUUUUUAUACAGAAUAAAUCGAUCGUGUUUAUGGAA